CGCAGUGAGAAAACCAUAAACAGUGAGAAGAGAACAGAGGUAAACACGGUCUCAUCCAGUGUAAACUGUCUUCAGUAUGGCACAUUAUCACUGCUGACACUGAACAAGGAUUUAAAAGCUCACUUGAUACAAGAUGAUCAUGGAAGCACCUGGUACCGCUACGAUUAUGCAUGUUUAAUACAGAGGGUGUGGUUAACAAGGUUUGAGAUUCGGAGGCUUUUUUUCCACUGUAAAUAUAUACUAGUGAAAUGGCUCUUCGAAGAAGCCUCUCUGACAGCCUUCUACUUGAAGAUGACAAUGUGUCUGUAGAGGGUUUGGAAUACACAGACCUGCACUUUCAUGAAGAUGAUGAAAUUGUGGGUGCCAGUGGUCAGUUUGAACUAAAGAGGAAUGAACAAAAGAAGAAUGAAGCUGUGGACAUUUUAAAGUUGAUUGUUGAUGACAAGGAGAUAACGAAGCAUGGUUUGAAAUCCAGCAGGAGCUUGGAAAGCCUGGAUAUCAAAGCUCCAAAUGAGGUGUGGAAAGAUUCAUAUGACAAGCUCUUCAAUACUAAAGUCAAGAAAUUCAUGAAAGGAAAUAAAACUCUUAAGGAAAACAGACAUGGCAUACACGAUGGAUCAAUGACAACCCAAACACUUGACCGCAAAAGUGGUCGAGUAAAUGUUUCUGCUUUACUUGAGAAUGCAGAUCGAAUGCGUCUCACUUCAUAUGAAACAGAAUUUGACAAUCAUGCAGGGCCAUAUGACUCCGAAAUGUUAAUACAAGAAUCUGACCUGCUCAGAUCAGCAAAGAUCAAAACCAAUAUUUUGAGAGAUGUUCCAUCGCAUCAUUCCACAAAGAACUUGACCAGUGUUGAUAGGGAAAUCAACAUACGUGGUGGAACAUUUCCAGAUCCAAAAAUAGAUGUUGGUGUUAAUGCACCAGAUUCAAAUCUUGCACUGCCAAAUACCCAAGGAUCUCCGGUGAUGCACCUCACAAAAGGACAUUUUAAAGGCCCAAAAGCAGUGCUUAAUUCUUCUGAUAUGGAUAUGGAUGUACCAUCGGUUAAUGUCAAGAAGCCAAAAUUUAAACUGCCAAAGUUUAGCCUCUCUGGAAACAAGAAUGCAGACAUCAGUUAUGAUGGAAGUAUGAAGGGGUCAAAACUGGCAUACCCUGAAGUAGCUGCAGGUCUUAAUGGUUCUGAUAUACAAAUUGAUGGACCAAAGGCUGAUUUCAAAGGUCUAAAAACAGACCUUCCAAACAUGGACAUGUCAUCUGGAAAACUGAAAACGCCCACUUUCAGCAUGCCUAAUUUUGACCUGUCAGGACCCAAAAUAAAAACACCUGACUAUGAUCUGUCUGCUCCCAAAUUUAAGGCAGACUUUGAUUCAGCAGACAUCAACAUCAGAGGUCAUAAGCCAGAUAUCACAGCACCUGACAUGGAUGUUGAUAUUCCUGAAGGUACAUUUAAAGGACCAAAUUUCAAGAAACCCAAUCUUGACUUGAAUGCACCUGAUGACGGCAUAAAUGUUCCUUCUGGUAACCUUAAACUGCCAAAAGUUGACUUCUCUGGUAGAAAGCCAGAAGGACCUGAUCUUAAAAUCAAAUCUCCAGACCUGAAUCUCAAAAUCCCCCAAAUUAAGGGAGGAAUCGAUACCCCAGACAUGGACCUGACUCUGCCUCAAACUGAUUUGAAAGGCCCGAACCUAGAUAUCAAAUCACCUGAUAUUGAUAUUAAUGGCCCUUCAGGUAAAUUUAACAUGCCAAAGCUAAAGAUGCCCAGUGUUGGCAUGUCAGGUUUGAAGGGGCCACAUAUGAACAUGGAUGCUGACAUUGAUAAGCCAGACCUCAAUCUGAGUGCAUCAACUCCCAAACUAAAGGCAGGGAUAAACAGUCCUGAUAUUGACAUUCAUGGACCUAAUGUUGAUCUCACAGGUCCAAAAACAGAUCUUACGCUUCCAGACAUGGACAUGCCAUCUGGAAAAAUGAAAAGGCCAACUUUCAAGAUGCCUGAUUUUGGUCUUUCAGCACCUAAAAUGAAAAAGCCUGACUAUGAUCUGAGGACUCCAGACAUGGAUGUUUCGGCCCCAAAGUUUAAGGCAGAUUUGAAUUCACCAGAUAUCACGGCACCUGACGUGAAUGUUGAUUUCCCUAAAGGUAAAGUUCAAGGACCAAAUUUGAAGACACCCAAAAUUAACAUGAAUGCACCUGACCUUGACAUAAAUGCUCCUUCGGGUAAACUGAAGUUGCCGAAAUUUGACAUCUCUGGUAAAAAAGCAGAAGGACCAAAUCUUAAAAUCAAAUCUCCAGACCUGAAUCUCAAAAACCCCAAAUUUAAGGGAGGAAUCGAUACUCCAGACAUGGAUCUGACUCUGCCUCAAACUGAUUUGAAAGGCCCGAACCUAGAUAUCAAAUCACCUGAUAUUGAUGUUAAUGGCCCUUCAGGUAAAAUGAAUAUGCCAAAGCUAAAAAUGCCCAGUUUAGGCCUGCCAGGCUUGAAAGGGCCACAUACGAAGAUUGAUGCUGACAUUGAUCAGCCCGAUCUUAAUCUGAGUGCAACAACUCCCAAACUUAAUGCAGGGAUAAAUGGUCCAGAUUUUGAUAUUCAUGGACCUGAUGCUGAUUUCAAUUGUCCAAAAACAGACCUUGCACUUCCAGACAUGGACAUGCCAUCUGGAAAACUGAAAAUGCCCACUUUCAAGAUGCCUGAUUUUGGUCUCUCAGCACCAAAAAUAAAGACACCUGAAUAUGAUCUGAAGACUCCUGAAAUGGAUCUGUCAGCUCCAAAGUUUAAGGCAGAUUUUGAUUCCCCAGAUCUCAACAUUGGAGGUCAUAAGCCAGAUAUCACCGCACCUGACAUGAAUGUUAAUUUCCCAAAAGGAAAAAUAAAAGGACCAAAUUUCAAGAAACCCGAUCUUGACAUAAAUGCACCUGAUCUGAAGGGGAACAUAAAUUCCCCUUCAGCUAAACUGAAGCUGCCAAAAUUUGGCUUCUCAAGUAGUAAGCCAAAAGGACCUGAUUUUAAAGUCAAAUCUCCAAAGCUGAAUUUCUCUAGCCCAAAAAUGAAAGGAGGAAUCAAUACCCCAGACAUGGAUCUGACUCUGCCUAAAACAGAUUUAAAAAACCCAAAUGUAGAUAUCAAAUCACCUAAUAUUGAUGUUAAUGGCCCUUCAGGUAAAAUGAAUAUGCCAAAGCUAAAAAUGCCCAGUUUAGGCCUGCCAGGCUUGAAAGGGCCACAUACGAAGAUUGAUGCUGACAUUGAUCAGCCCGAUCUUAAUCUAAGUGCAUCAACUCCCAAACUAAAUGCAGGGAUAAAUAGUCCUGAUAUUGACAUUCAUGGUCCUAAUGUUGAUCUCAAAGGCCCGAAAACAGAUCUUAAACUUCCAGACAUGGACAUGCCAUCUGGAAAAAUUAAAAUGCCAACUUUCAAGAUGCCUGAUUUUGGUCUCUCAGGACCCAAAAUAAAGACUCCUGACUAUGAUCUGAAGACCCCGGAAAUGGAUCUUUCAGCUCCAAAGUUUAAGGCAGACUUUGAUUCACCAGAUAUCACGACACCUGACAUGAAUGUGGAUUUCCCUAAAGGUAAAAUUAAAGGACCCAAUUUCAAGAAACCCAAUCUUGAUAUGAAUGCACCUGACCUUGACAUCAGUGCCCCUUCAAGUAAAUUGAAAAUGCCAAAAUUUGGCUUUUCUGGUAGUAAGCCAAAAGGCCCAGAUCUUAAAGUCAAAUCUCCAGACUUGAAUCUCAAAAGCCCCAAAAUAAAGGGAGGAAUCGAUACGCCAGACAUGGAUCUGAAUCUGCCUCAAAGUGACUUAAAAGGCCAGAACCUAGAUAUCAAAUCACCUGAUAUUGAUGUUAAUGGUCCAUCAAGUAAAUUUAAUAUUCCAAAGCUAAAGAUGCCCAGUUUUGGCCUGUCAGGUUUGAAGGGGUCACAUAUGAACAUGGAUGCUGACAUUGAUAAGCCAGACCUCAAUCUGAGUGCAUCAACUCCCAAACUAAAUGCAGGGAUAAACAGUCCUGAUAUUGACAUUCAUGGACCUAAUGUUGAUCUCACUGGUCCAAAAACAGACCUUACACUUCCAGACAUGGACAUGCCAUCUGGAAAAAUGAAAAUGCCCAAUUUAAAGAUGCCUAAGUUUGGUGUCUCGGGACCAAAAGUAAAGAUGCCUGACUAUGAUCUAAAGACCCCGGAAAUGGAUCUUUCAGCUCCAAAGUUUAAGGCAGACUUUGAUUCACCAGACCUCAACAUUAAAGGUCAUAAGCCAGAUAUCACAGGUCCAGACAUGAAUCUUGAUUUCCCUAAAGGUAAAUGUAAAGCACCAGACUUAAAGGCACCCAGUCUUGACAUGAAUGCACCUGACCUCGACAUCAAUGCCCCUUCAGGUAAAUUGAAGCUGCCAAAAUUUGGUAAGCCAAAAGGCCCAGAUCUUAAAAUCAAAUCUCCAAAGAUGAAUCUCAAAAGCCCCAAAAUGAAGGGAGGAAUAGAUGCCCCAGACAUGGAUCUGACUCUGCCUCAAACUGAUUUAAAAGGCCCAAACCUAGAUAUCAGAUCUCCUGAUAUUGAUGUUAAUGGCCCUUCGGGUAAAUUUGAUAUGCCAAAGAUAAAGAUGCCCAGUUUUGGCCUGUCAGGUUUGAAAGGACCACAUAUGAAUGUGGAUACUGAUAUUGAUCAGCCCGACCUCAAUCUGAGCACAUCAACUCCCAAACUACAUGCAGGGAUAAAUAGUCCUGAUAUUGAUCUUAAAGGUCCACAAACAGACCUUACUCUUCCAGACAUUGACAAGCCUUCUAGAAAAUUUAAAAUUCCCACUUUAAAGAUGCCCAAGUAUGGUGUCUCAGGGCCAAAAAUAAAGACGCCUGAUUAUGAUUUGAAGACCCCUGAAAUGGAUCUGUCAGCUCCAAAGUUUAAGGCAGACCUUGAUUCCCCAGACCUCAACUUUAAAGGUCAUAAGCCAGAUAUCACAGGUCCAGAUGUGAAUCUUGAUUUCCCUAAAGGUAAAUUUACAGCACCAGACUUAAAGACACCCAAUCUUGAAAUGAAUGCACCUGGCCUCAACAUCAAUGCCCCUUCAGGUAAACUGAAGAAGCCAAAAUUCGGGUUAUCAGGUAGUAAGCCAAAAGGCUCAGAUUUUAAAAUCAAAUAUCCAAAGCUGAAUUUCAAAAGCCCCAAAAUGAAGGGAGGAAUAGAUGCCCCAGACAUGGACUUGACACUGCCUCAAACUGAUUUAAAAGGCCCAAACCUUGAUAUCAAAUCACCUGAUGUUGAUAUCAAUGGCCCAUCAGGUAAAUUGAAUAUGCCAAAGUUAAAGAUGUCCAGUUUUGGCCUGUCAGGUAUGAAAGGGCCACAUAUGAAUGUGGAUGCUGACAUAAACAAGCCUGACCUUAAUUUGAAUGCAUCAGCUCCUAAACUAAAUGCAGGGUUAAGUGGUCCUGAUAUUGACUUAAAUGGACCCAAUGCUGAUUUCAAAGGUCCAAAAACAGACCUUACUCUUCCAGACAUUGACAAGCCUUCUGGAAAAUUUAAAAUGCCCACUUUAAAGAUGCCCAAGUUUGGGCCAAAAAUAAAGACGCCUGACUAUGAUUUGAAGACCCCUGAAAUGGAUCUGUCAGCUCCAAAGUUUAAGGCAGACUUUGAUUCCCCAGACCUGAACAUUAAAGGUCGUAAGCCAGAUAUCACAGGUCCAGACAUGAAUCUUGAUUUCCCUCAAGGUAAAUUUACAGCACCAGACUUAAAGACGCCCAAUCUUGACAUGAAUGCACCUGACCUUGACAUAAAUGCCCCUUCAGGUAAAUUUAAGCUGCCAAAAGUUGGCUUUUCUGGUACCAAGCCAAAAGUUCCAGAUCUUAAAAUCAAAUCUCCAGACCUGAAUCUCAAAAGCCCCAAAAUUAAGGGGGGAAUCAAUACCCCAGACAUGGAUCUGACUCUGCCUCAAACUGAUUUGAAAGGCCCAAACCUAGAUAUCAAUACACCUGAUAUUGAUGUUAAUGGCCCUUCAGGUAAAUUGAAUAUGCCAAAGUUAAAGAUGCCCAGUUGUGGCUUGUCAGGUUUGAAAGGGCCACAUAUGAAUGUGGAUGCUGACAUUGAUCAGCCCGACCUUAAUUUGAAUGCAUCAGCUCCCAAACUAAAUGCAGGGAUAAAUGGUCCUGAUAUUGACAUUCAUGGACCUAAUGCUGAUUUCAAGGGUCCAAAAACCAACCUUGCAUUUCCAGACAUGGACGUGCCUUCUGGAAAAUUGAAAAUACCCACCCUCAAGAUGCGUGAUGUUGGUUUCUCAGGACCCAAACUCAAAACAUCGGGCUAUGAUCUGAAUACCCCUAAAAUGGAUCUGCCAGCUCCAAAGUUUAAGGCAGACUUUGAUUCACCAGACUUCAACAUCAGAGGUCAUAAGCCAGAUAUCACAACCCCAGACAUGAAUGUUGAUUUACCUAAAGGUAAAAUUAAAGAACCAAAUUUCAAGAAACCCAAUCUUGAUUUGAACACUCCAGACUUCGACAUUGAUGCACCUUCAAGUAAAUUUAAACUGCCAAAGCUGGGCUUCUCAGACAGCAGUCAAGAAGGACCUGAUCUUAAAGUCAAAUCUCCAAAGCUGAAUCUUAAAAGCCCCAAAAUAAAGGGAGGAAUUGUCACCCCAAACAUGGAUCUAACUCUGCCUCGGUCUGAUUUGAAAGGCCCAAACCUAGAUAUCAAAUCACCUGAUAUUGAUUUUAAUGGCCCUUCGGGUAAAAUGAAUAUGCCAAAGUUAAAGAUGCCCAGUAUUGGCCUUUCUGGUUUGAAAGGGCCACAUAUGAAUAUGGAUGCUGACAUUGAUCAGCCCGACCUUAAUCUGAGCGCAUCAGCUCCCAAAGUAAAUGCUGGGAUUAAUCAUCCUGAUAUUGACAUUCAUGGUCCUAAUGUUGAUCUUAAAGGUCCAAGAACAGACUUGACAAUUCCAGACACGGACAUGCGAUCUGGUCAAAUUAAAAUGCCUGCUUUUAAAAUGCCUGACAUUGGUUUCUCAGCACCCAAAGUAAAGACACCUGAGUAUGAUCUAAAGACACCAAAAAUGGACCUCUCGGCUCCGAAGAUUAAGACACAAUUUGAUUCCUCAGACUUCAGUAUCAGAGGUCAUAAGCCAGAUAUCACAGCCCCAGAUAUGAAUGUUGAUUUCCAUAAAGGCAAAAUAAAAGGACCAAAUUUCAAGAAACCCAGUGUUCAUGUGAACGCACCAGACUUUGACACUGAUGCUCCUUCUGGGAAAAUGAAACUCUCAGGAAACAUGCCAGAAGGAACAGAUCUUAAAUUCAGCUCUCCAAAGAUGAAUCUUAAAACCCCCCGAAUUAAAGGAGGAAUUGAUAGCCCUGAUUUUCAUGGCCUGGGGUCUGAUGUUGAUUUUGGUACCUAUACACAGAUGCAUGCUAACAGCUAUGCAGUCCCAAGAGGUAAAACGUAUGGUCUUGAUGCUCCUUCAAGAGACGUCAGAAUACCGGCUCAUCAGAAAUAUAGUGCCCCAGAAUUUAACAUGCAGGACCCCUAUUAUGACUUGAAUAGAGACAUGGAAGUUUCAGGAAAAGCUCAGUGGCCUACAAUGCAAAAACAUGUCUCUGGUCAGACCAGAAUCUCUGGAGUAGGUCCAACAUCUUCAGAUGUUUACUACAAUGAUAUGUCUGGGGCAUUCAGGUCAGGACAUCAUAAAGCAAAAACAAGUAACUUUGAUAUUGAUGGCAACUGGAACAAUAUAUCAGUGCCUAAAAUUCCAGUUUCAAGAAAUAGAGAAAAUGUAGCAGUGGGAAUAAGUACCAUGCAAAGAUCAGGUGAUAAUGCAGGUUAUUAUAGGAAGAUGGUUCCUAGACAUUAUUACACUACUGAUGAUAUAUGCUACACUUACAAAGGGAUGCCUAGAAGAGAUGGAAGGGGCUACAGGCAAAUUGACCAUAGUCGCAGACAGACAAUGAGACAUUUGCAAAUACAUGCAAUGGAUCUGGAGGUUCCAGAAAGCACUUUGAAAGGGUCAAAAUUUAACGUUCUUAAACUAAUAUAGUAGGAUCAUUAAUAGAAAGGGAUGUGGGAGACCUUAGCAAUCAUGUUUACAGGGCUGAUAAGAACUAAUAGCAUAUUAAAAACUAUAAAAACUUAGAGUAGAGUUUUUUCUACACUGCUUCUUAACACCGAUGAACAAGCCUUUCCCUAAAGGAGAUGUUAUAUUUGAAAUGUUAGCAUAAACUUACAGUAGCACAGAUCAUUAGGUUAUAAGUUUUUAGAAGAGUUUAUGUACUAUAUAUAUAUAUAUAUAUAUAUAUGUGUGUGUGUGUGUGUGUGACAAAAUAUGUGACUAUAUUAUGUGGAUCUUGCCUGAUUAAAUAUUGUAAAUCAUAUAUAUUUUGUAAAUUAUGUAAAAUGCUACAGUAAUGUAUAAAUACAGUGUGGAUGAAAUAUACACAUGUGUAAAGUUUUGUCUGGAAAACAGUUUGUUUGGAUAAUAUCUCUUGUUUCUUUCCAACUUUUUUUUUGUUUUGUUUUCAUACAUUUUUUGUGUUUUAUGCUCAUUGAUACAGUAAGGUACACAUAGGGGUAUUUGUUUUGAAGGAUGUAUAAAUCAUUUGUGAAAUAUUCCUACUAACAUUGUUGCUUCAAGAUACAAAAGCAGUUGUUGUUGUAGAAUACUUCAAAUAUUAUGCAACUGAAAUAAACAUAAUA